CCUCACAGAAAUCCAAGAAUUGCUCCAAUUAAAAAGGAAACAAAGUGUCACCGGAUUGUCUUACUGCAUUUCUGAGAUGAACGGAUUAUCUCUCUGCAUUACGUGGGUCGUAGCGCUUCUUGCUUUUGCUACACCUGCGGUGACCUCUCCAGCCGUUGGGCCAGAACCUAUCCGCUGCGCACCUUGCACUCCAGAGCAACUGAGCCUUUGUCCGGCAGUGCCUGCAAACUGCAGAGAAGUGCUCAGGGAACCCGGCUGCGGAUGCUGCUUCGCCUGCGCUCUGGACAGGGGAGAAUCCUGCGGCGUGUACACGGCAUCCUGCGCCACCGGCCUUCGUUGCACUCCCAGACCCGGAGACCCAAGACCUCUCCACUCACUAACCAGGGGACACGGCGUCUGCAUCGAGUCGGAUGAGGGUGAAGGUGAUGUUACAGACCAUGAAUCUCUGCACCAUUACCUGGGGCUGAAUAAACCUCUGGACGCACCGGAGGCCCAGGCAAGCUUGAAGGCAAAAGUGAACGCUAUCCGAAGCAAACUCGUGCAGCAGGGGCCAUGCCAUACGGAACUUCAUGGAGCCUUGGAUAUGAUUGCCACUUCUCAGCAGCAACUGGGAGAGAAAUUCACAAGCUUCUACCUCCCCAACUGCGACAAGCAUGGCUUUUACAAAGCCAAACAGUGUGAAACGUCGCUAGUGGGACAGCCUGCUCGCUGCUGGUGUGUGUCCUCCUGGAACGGCAAACAAAUUCUGGGAUCCGGCGAUAUCUCUGGAGAUGCUCAGUGUCACCAGGAGGUCACCCAUUAAAGAUAGCCAGAGAAGACACACACACACACACACACACACACACACACACACACACACACACACACACACACACACACACACACACACACACACACACACACGCAUGCACACACACAUGCAUGCACAGCACACACACACACACUUGUAACUGCUGGCAACUUCCACUACCUAUUUAUAUACUCACAUAAUAUUAAGCCUUAUUUAUUCCAAAUGUGUAUGUGGAAUGUAAUGUACCAGGCACUGGUGAUUUUUUUGCUGUCUAUUUAUAUGUUAACGUAUUUUAUUGUUAAAAAAGGAAAAACACUGUAUGUAUUUGUUUCUGACUAAACAACUCCAUGUACGAAGACCACACACACCUCAAGGUCCUUGGGAUCUGGUUCAGAUUCAGUCAAAUGUUGGAUACUUGCACUGUGGAGCUUUCCAAUUACUACAGGUCUGGGCCUAAAUGUAUAUUUUAUCAAAAACGUUUUUGUGUG